AAUUGCAGCAAAUGGAUAUUAAGAAUCAACAUUUGAGAGAUUUGGUUGAUAGAAUGAGAAUUAAUUGCAAGGAAUUAGAAGAGCGGAUUUUACGACUAAAGCAUAAACACUAUAAACACAAGAACAAUGAUGAACCUUCCGAAGAGAGAAAAAAUAUGGUUGAGUUGAUGGAGUGUGAUAGAAAGACUCAGAAGAUUGGCAACAAUGGAGUUAUACAAGAGAGAAUAAAUAUGGAUGAUAAUGAAAUUUCACAAGGUAAGACAACAAUUCCAGGGUGGAUCUCAAACAAAGUUCCAAGGUUGAAUUCAGAUCAAGCAUCAGAAUCAAUGAUCAAGAAAGCUCGUGUAUCAGUUAGGGCAAGAUCAGAAGCUUCUAUGAUUUCAGAUGGAUGUCAAUGGAGAAAGUAUGGACAGAAGAUGGCAAAGGGGAAUCCACAUCCAAGAGCAUAUUAUCGCUGCACCAUGGGAACUACAUGUCCAGUUCGGAAGCAAGUACAAAGGUGUGCUAACGAUAAAAGGGUGUUAGUUACAACAUAUGAAGGACAACAUAAUCAUCCUCUUCCACCAACAGCUAAAACAAUGGCAUCAACAACGACAUCAGUGGCAUCAAUGCUUCUCUCAGGACCAAUGUUCGAAAGUACAUUAUUCCCUUAUUCACAAUACAUAACACUCUCAGCUUCUGCUCCAUUUCCAACUAUAACAUUAGAUCUCACUCAAAAUCCUACCAACAAUUCAUCACAGGGUCAAUUUAACCUCUUUCAACCUAUUUUGACUCAAAAAUUUAUGUCAACUGCAAAUAUGUUGGGAAUGGAAAAUGUUUCAUUUCCUGACAGAGUUUGUGCAACAACAACUGCUAUGACUUCUGAUCCAAAAUUCCCAGGUGCUCUUGUGGCUGCAAUAACUUCCAUUAUUGAAAGUAAUUCAAAUUGCGACAAUAGUGGCAUUGCCAAUGGUAUAAGGUAACACACAACCAUUGCAAUAAUUCUCA